AUGAAACCGCCAGGAAAUGUGAAAGAACUAAUGACAUUUCUUGGAUUUGUGCAAUAUUUGGGAAAAUUUAUUCCAAAUUUAUCUGAAAUCAGUGCACCAUUGAGACAUUUACUCAGCAAAGACGUUGCAUGGCACUGGGAAGAGGAACAGAUGAAGAGUUUUGAGAAAUUGAAGCAGCUAGUGACAGAAGCACGAAGCAUUGACAGUCAGCAGAACUAUGCCCAAAUAGAAAAGGAGACACUGGCAAUCACUUUUGGCUGUACCAAACUUCACCAAUAUAUCUUUGGACGUCAUAUGGUUGUUGAAAGUGAUCACAAACCUUUACAGAGCAUAUUCAGAAAGUCUCUUCAUUCUGCUCCACCAAGAUUACAAAGAUCAAACAUCUUUGAAUUUGAGAACCAACAAUACCUGGUAUCAGUCGAUCAUUACUCAAAAUGGCCAGAAGUCGUGAAGUUACCAAGACUUAGCAGUUAUGCUACAAUACAAUGUCUGAAGUCCCAAUUUUCCAGAAAUGAACUACCUGAUAAAGUCCUUACAGAUAACGGACCACAGUUCAGCAGCAAGGAGUUCAGAGAUUUUAGCAAGGAAUACGGUUUUGUUUAUGUGACUUCAUCACCUCAUUUCCCGCAAGCCAGUGGACAAGCAGAAAGAACCGUUACAACAGUCAAGAACUUGUUAAGUAAAGCCAAAGACCCAUACAAAUCUUUGCUUGACUAUGGUAAAACCAACAUUGAAGAAAUUUGUUUAUCACCUGCACAGAUGUUCUUAGGCAGAAGACUAAAAACAGAACUCCCUACUGCUUCUCUACUUUUAUCAGCAGCAACAUCGUCAAGUGAUCUGAAGAUGCGAAUGGAAACCAGAAAGACCAAACAGAAGGUAUACUUUGACCGUCAUGCAGGCAGAGAACUUCGACCACUUGAAUCAGGUGAAAAAAUAGUCAUGAAACAUGGAAACGAUUGGAUACCCGGAAACGUGAUGAAUAAACACAGCAACAGGUCCUAUUUAGUCAAGACCAGUGAUGGAACCAUAUACAGAAGAAACCGUAAACAUAUCAGACCAACAGCAGCUGAAUUUAAACGUUAUCAAGACUCCAAAGAACCAGAAAUCUCUGACUCAUCCAAUUUGACAAUAACCAAAGAGUCAUCUGAUGAAAUUCUACCGAAAGCCGGAAGUACACCACAAUCAUCAGACUUACCAAAAUAUCUUGAAACAGUUAAGUCGUCAUCUUGCAUUGUUUCGAGAUCAGGACAUGUCGUGAAGCCACCAAAGAAAUUCGAGGACUUCGCCAAUUGA